CGCCUUCGUUGUCGUCGGGCUCGUUCACAACAGACGUAUGUUAUCGUAUAUAUAUAAAUUGUCGGGGACUCGGACCCAUUUGCACCAAACAUAUAUAUCACCCAAAAAUACAAGUCUCCUCCUCAAUCAGUGGCUACCCUUGUCUAUCAAUAUUGUGACACUGGAGAGAUGACCCCAUAUACAUCUUGUUUCUUCCCAUCUCUCUUUUUAACAAUUUGUGCACCUUGGUAACAUCUUCAUGUGUUCUCAAGAUCUAGAGAACAGAACCCUUUCUUUAGCCACAGCUUUUUUCACAACACUACCAGAGUGUCCAUGGAUCUAAGAGGCCUCAACAUUCAUGCAUCUCAAACUCUGUCCCAAAUUAAAAGCCCACCAAGCCCUUCACUGCUAAACACUUCACAUCUUCACUCCUCACAACAUGGUUUCCCAAUCAUAGUCAUAGCCAUCAUUGGCAUAUUAGCCACAGCUUUUUUACUACUAGGCUACUACAUCUUUGUCAUCAAAUGCUGCUUGAACUGGCACAGAAUCGACAUUCUGGGUCGAUUUUCGUUGUCAAGAAAUCGCAACCAAGACCCUUUAAUUGGCUACACUCCAGCUAUCGAGAACAGGGGAUUGGACGAAUCAGUGAUUCGUUCAAUCCCCAUUUUUCAGUUCAAGAAAACAGAGAAAGAAGACCCUGAAAAGGGGAUAAGUUUUUCCGAAUGCGCUGUGUGUCUGAAUGAGUUUCAUGAACAAGAGAAGCUGAGGAUGAUACCAAAUUGUGGCCAUUUGUUUCACAUUGAUUGCAUUGAUGUCUGGCUCCAAAACAAUGCUAAUUGUCCCCUUUGUAGAACCAGCAUUUCACUAGAUUUUCAAUAUGCAGUGGCGGAUUCAGCUCCUGCUAAUCAUGAUCAAGCUCAACAUAAUGACAACUUAGUAGGCCUCGAAGAGGAUUACGUUGUGAUUGAACUAGGUGAAGAAUGUAACCAAGAAAAACCAACGAGUCCUUUACAAAAGAGGAUGGGGAACAAGAUGGUCAAGAAAAGAUCCAAGAAAAUUGGGUUUUGUCAUUCAAGUAUGGGAGAUGAAUGCAUUGAUACUAGAAUCAAAGACGAAAGAUUAUCAGUGCAGCCCAUUCGGAGAUCAUUUUCGAUGGACUCAGCUACGGACCGACAGCUCUAUUUAGCAGUUCAAGAGAUUGUAAAUCAAACUAGAAAUGGUAAUAGCCAUGGAAGUGACAUUGUAAGUAGUAGUGAAGCUUGCAGUAGUAGAAUCAGACGAUCAUUCUUUUUAUUUGGGCAUGGCAGGGGAUCAAGAAGAGCAGUUUUGCCCCCACAAAUGGAACACUGAAGUUGGUUCAUAAAUUUUUUUUAUUUCUUUUGUAAAAUUUAUCAUUGCUGAUUUGUGUACUACUGUGACAUAGAAAGAGGGAUUUUGUUCUAGAUAUAUUAAGCUAUUUAGCUAAGGUUGUGACUUUUUCAGCAAA